AUGUUGACUGCAGACUGCUUCGAGAGAAUGCUAAAUUUCAACAACCCAGUCGACAGCAAGACAAGCUGGCAGGAGAACUGGAAGAUAUUGAUAUACGACAACCUAUCGCGGGACAUGGUCUCAACUCUCUUCAAGGUCGCGGAUCUCCGCCGGCAUGGGGUGACCCUCCAUCUCAACCUUCAUGCGGACCGUCAGCCGGUGCAGGAUGCGGCAGCGAUCUACCUCGUCGAGCCCAGCAUCGAGAACAUCCAGCGCAUCGCCCGCGACUGCUCGAGCGGCCUCUACGACAGCAUGUACCUGAACUGGAGCUCCACCAUCUCGCAGGACUCGCUGCACAGUCUGGCAUGCUCUGUGUCGCAGACAGACUCGUUCCAUCGCAUCGUCAAGGUAGUGGAUCAGUACGUUAACUUCGUGUCUCUGGGGCACAACCUCUUCACGUUGGGGAUGCACAACUCCUACAUGGCGCUCAACGACCCAGAGGUCCGAGACUCCGAUAUGGAGAGAACGAUCGGCAGCAUCGUGAACUCUCUCUUCUCCGUCAUGGUCACGCUGGGUGUUCUUCCUUUCAUCGCCUGCCCACAAGGCGAUGCCGCAGGGAUGGUGGGAGAAGCCCUCAACAAGAAGCUCUCGGAGCACGUCAGGAACACCAACAACCUCUUCAAGGAUCACGCCUACAGCCCCAACGCGCACUCUCGCCCCGUCCUCAUCAUCCUCGACCGCUCUCAAGACUUGUCGGUGAACCUGCAGCACGCGUGGACCUACGAGGCAAUGCUGCAUGACAUUCUGGGGAUGAAGCUCAACAAGGUGACGAUCAACGAGCAAGUCGGAGAUGGCAGUGGAAGAAAGAAGUCUUCGGUCUACGACCUCAGCGUUCAGGACGCGUUCUGGGUGGACAACAGCGGGAAGCCCUUCCCCAGCGUCACUGAUGACAUCGAGGACAAGCUGAAUACCUGGAAGAGUGAAUAUGAUGCGAUAGGCGCGCAGGGGAACGUUGUCUCGGACAUGCCGCAAGGAGGAGGGAUCGACGCUCUGACCCGAGCGGCGCAGCUGGAGAGGGAGCUCGACAACUUCUUCUCGCUCGAGUCUGCGAUCGUCUCCGGCUCAGUCUACAACGCCAAGUCAGCGCUGAUGCAGGCAAGGAGGGAGGAGGAGGAGCUGAGAGGAGCUGAAGAAGAGGAGCAGGUGUUUGGUCCAGACGCUCUGGGGAGCCCGGAGGACAAGCUGAGGCUCUUUGUCAUUUACUAUCUAUGCAACCCUUCCUUGUCCGAAGCUGACGUGGCCGAGUAUGAGGGCGCUCUUUCCAAGCUUGGCGUCGACAUGUCACUGUCAAGCUAUCUCAAGUACCUCAAGAAGAUGAAAGCGUUGAGCUCUCGAGCAAUCUCCAUGGCGAAAGGAUCAGCGGGAGGAGGAGGCGGCAGCUUGUCGCUCACGGACAUCAUGUCCCAGUUCAAGGCGGGGACAGAGACUGCGACUGGAUUGCUGAAAUCGGUGGCCGCAUCAGUCGGCGGCAAGAAAGAUCUCCCCGUCACGCGCCUCGUGGACUCCAUCAUGGAGAAUCGAGUAGGAAGUGAAGCGGAGAACUUCAUGCUGCUGGACCCCAACAUUCAGCACAAGAGCGCUCAGAUGUCGUCCAACGCUACAAGGAAGCCUUUCCGGGAGGCUAUCGUCUUCAUGGUUGGCAGCGGGAACUACAUCGAGUAUCAAGACCUGCAAGACUACGCGAGGAGGGGAGGGGCAGGUGUGGGGGUCAAGAACGUGGUCUACGGGAGCACAGAGCUCGUGACGGCGUCAGAAUUCCUGCAGCAGCUGAACGCGUUAGGAAAGAAGAAGUUCAGCAGCAUCUGA